CGGCACAUCAGUCCGUCCUCACCUACCACACAACCGCCAAGAUGACACAAGGACAACAGCAGCAGCAGCAGCACCGGAUCGUGAUACCCAGACCAGAAGCCUCGCGCACCGAAUCCUCGCUCCCGGGCCAUUUGCGCCCCUCGGUCAUCAAUGUGCCCGUCACUCCGGGCAUCAGCCGCGAGGCCUACGAAGAACAGCUCACCACGGGUCCUGGCUACUUUGAGAGGCGAACUGACGAGCACGACAUUGCCCGGUCUCCAGGCACCGUCGGCCUGGAAGAGACAGGAAGCGUGGACAGGCAGCUCGCGGUGGGUGCCGAUGCCGGCAAGGACUUCAUGCGCCGUCUGAGCACGGCCGUCACGGACUCCGGCGCGGCGGCCAUUGGGAGCCAGGACUCCCUCUCCGACAUCCGCCACAGGUUCCCCAACCUGUCGCUUAGCGGAAACAUCAUCUCAGCCACCUUCACAAUCCCCCACCUGCUCAAGUAUACCAAGGCCAGCGGCGAAAAGGGCACCACGGGUUCCUGGGAUCUAAAACCCCGCCGGGGACAGUCGGCGCUUUUCGAUUCGUUUUCGUACCUCUCGUCUGAUGACGCCCCAUGGAAUCACACGGUUGUCGCCUGGACUGGCGAGAUUGAGGAGGUCAAGUCCGCCCAGCACGCCGGCAAGGCGCCUGCUACCACGGUCGGCCAACCCUCGCUCAACCCCCUUUCCCGCCCUGUGCCCAUCGAUGGCAGCGUCACUCCUCCGGCCCAUCCCACGGCAGAUGGUCUCUGGAUUCCCAAGGAAGACAUGCACUUGCUGGAGCACGACCUGUCGCACAACCGAAAGAUCAAGACCGUCCCUGUCUGGCUCGCCGACGACAUCGAGGGCCACGACGAUGGCAUCAGGCUGAAGGACCAGGCCCGCUGGAGACGCUACGCCGAGCACUCCCUCUACACCCUUUUCCACUACAAGCAGAACGAGCCCGCCGAUGGCCGCGCCGAAAGAAUCCAGUGGGCUGACUACUACCGCAUGAACCAAAAGUUCGCCAACAAGAUUCUCGAAAACUACAAGCCCGGCGACAUUGUCAUUGUGCAUGACUACAACCUGAUGCUUCUGCCUAGCAUGUUGCGCCAGCGGGCUCCCCACAUGUACAUUGCCUUUUUCCUGCAUUCGCCCUUCCCCAGUUCCGAGUUCUUGCGCUGCCUCCCCAGGAGAAAGGAAGUCCUGGAGGGUGUCUUGGGCUCCAACCUGGUUGGCUUCCAGAGCUACAGCUACUCGCGCCAUUUUGCUAGCUGCUGUACCCGCGUCCUUGGCUUCCCCUCCGAUACUACCGGCGUCGAGGCCUACGGCACACGUGUUGAGGUCGGCGUCUUCCCCAUUGGCAUCGACGCUAUCAAGGUCGCUGCCGCUGCGUGGAAGCCGUCCGCCACUGCAAAGUACGAGGGGCUGAAGAAGAUGUACGCUGGCAAGAAGCUCAUUGUCGGCCGCGAUAAGUUGGACAGCGUCCGUGGCGUUCCCCAGAAGCUCAUGGCUUUUGAGCGCUUCCUCGAGCUCUACCCCGAGUGGAGGGAAAAGGUCGUUCUCAUCCAGGUUACCUCGCCCACUAACAUUGAGGAGGAAAAGGAGGAUUCCGAGAACAAGAUCUCCAGCCGUGUCAACGAGCUUGUCAUGAAGAUCAAUGGCAUGUACGGCUCGCUUGGCGACACUCCUGUGCAGCAUUACCCCCAGUACAUUUCGCAAGAUGAGUACUUUGCUCUGCUCCGUGCUGCCGACAUUGGCCUCAUCACCUCAGUCAGAGACGGCAUGAACACGACCUCGAUGGAGUACAUUAUCUGCCAGCGUGACAAUGCUGGCCCGCUCAUUCUCUCCGAGUUCAGCGGUACCGCUGGCUCGCUGAAGGAUGCCAUCCACAUCAACCCCUGGGAUCUUACCGAUGUCGCCAAGCAGAUUAACAAUGCUCUCACCAUGUCGCAAGAGCGCCGCCAGAGUAUCGAGAAGAGCUUGCUCGAGCACGUCACCAACAAGAACGUCCAGUUCUGGAUCACCGGUCUCCUACGUCGCCUGAUUAGUGUCCUCGCUAACAGAAAAGACAUCAUCGCCACUCCCCUGCUCGAUCGCGCCACCAUGCUCCGCAAGUACCGGGCGGCCAACAAGCGUUUGUUCAUGUUCGACUACGACGGCACUCUCACACCCAUUGUCAGGGAACCUAGUGCCGCCAUCCCGUCGGAGCGCGUUAUCAACAGCCUCAAGGCUCUGGCGGCCGAUCCCCGCAACGCCGUCUGGAUCAUUUCCGGCCGCGACCAGGAGUUCCUUCAGCAGCACCUUGGCCACAUUACCGAGUUGGGCUUCAGCGCAGAGCAUGGUAGUUUCAUGCGGCACCCGGGCUCGACGGAGUGGGAGAACCUGGCCGAGAAGUUUGAUAUGGGCUGGCAGGCCGAGGUUCUGGAAGUCUUCCAGAAGUACACCGACAAGACUCCAGGCUCCUUCAUUGAACGCAAGCGCUGUGCUCUCACCUGGCACUACCGCCUCGCCGAUCCCGAGCAGGGUCUCCACAUGGCUCGCGACUGCCAAAAGGAGCUCGAGACCACCGUCGGCCGCAAGUGGGACGUCGAGGUUAUGGCGGGCAAGGCCAACCUUGAGGUGCGUCCCACGUUCAUCAAUAAGGGCGAGAUCGCGAAGCGCCUCGUCACGGAGUACAAUGCCGAGCUCAAGGCUCUUGCUGCCAAGUCUUCGGGGUCGCCAGACAAGGUUGCUUCCGAGAAGCUCGAGUUUGUGCUCUGCAUGGGUGAUGAUUUUACCGAUGAGGACAUGUUCCGCAGCCUGAACGUGCUGUCUGGUCCUGGCGAAGAUGCCGAGAUCAAGCCCGAGAACUGCUUCACUGUCACGGUGGGCGCCAGCACCAAGGUUACGCUGGCUAGGUGGCAUUUGCUGGAACCUGAGGAUGUGAUCGAGUGCGUGGCUCUUCUCGCUGGCGUUGGUGGUGCUGGCGCUGGUGGUGUUGGCGGCGCACUGUCCAUGGGAGAGGUCAACCUUGGAGCGUUGAGCACGGUUGAGGAUCAUAUUCCCGAUGGUCACACGAAUUAAGGGGUGUAUAAAAAACCAACAAAAAGGACAAUAAAGUAAAACCAAGGGAGGGAAAAGCAGUAUGGGAUUAGAUGGGUUGUUUGGUCACCAGUGGCUGGCCGGGCUGGGCUGGGACUGUUUUUUUUUCAUGUUCGUUGUGUUGAUAUUUUCCGAGCCCAGGCCUGAUGCAGGCCGGUAAUAUCUGUAUCCAUUGUGCGCUGCGUUGCAUUCUAUGAUUUUGAAGAGCGAUGAUAUUGAAGGACUUGCCUUAGACAGAGAUGGUGCGUUAUAGGUAGACGGGGCUUGUGUUAUGAGUUCAUUCGGAUCAGGAAGGGAACAAUUUUUCAUGGUUAUGGUAACCUCUCAGUAUAUGUGUUCGCAUAGGAGGUGAUUUUAGAAGGAACGGUGCCUUAUAGGACUUCUCUGAUGGUUGUAGUGACAUUAUUUUUUACAU